UUGUUCUCAAACUGGUUGGUUUAUCGAUUUGGUAUCUUUUGUUGUUUCUUCCUAAAACCCUAAGCCCUAAUUCGGGUGAACCACCACCGCACCGCCACCAUCACCGCUACCAUGGUAUCGGACGCCGACGGUGGGACGAGAGAUGCGGGAUUGGAGGCACUUCGACGGUUGAAGUCGACGGAACCACCUCUCUAUCUUACCCCAUCGCCGGAGCUAUCGAAGGCAGCUCGCUCUGGCUCGGAGUACUUAUUCUCUGCUCUUAAACCCUACUCUCCCAAAUGCCCAUUCAAUCAACUAUUGACGGAAGGUUUCGAUGCGGAGCAGAUAUGGCAGCAGAUUGAUCUCCAGGCGCAGCCCCUUAUCUCCACUCUCCGCCGCCACGUCAGGAAUUUUGAGAAGAAUCCGGAAGAGAUUCAGAGGCAAUUUAAUUUGGGUGGAGUUCGCGGGAAGGAAAAGGAUGUGCACGGUAAUGGAGAAAGGAAAGAUAAUGAGGGCGUAGAAAGUGAAAGCGAAGGGAUUAGUGAUGACGACGAUGACGAUGAGAAGGAGGGUAUACCAGAAGAAGAAGAAGAAGAAGAAGAAGAUGAUGAUGAUGAUGAUGAUGAAGAUGAAGAUGAAGAGGAGGAGGGGCGGGGCGAAGAGGAUGUAGAGAUGGAGGAUAACAACGAAAACGUGAACGGUGUGGAGGAUAAGUUCCUGAAAAUUAAGGAGCUGGAGGAGUACUUGUUGGAAGAUGAGGCAAGAGAGUAUGGCCUGAAGAAAGACAAGAAGCAUAAAAGGAAUAGAGCAACUGAGGAUGAGGAUGAGGAUGGCACAGAUGAAGAUGAGGACGACGAAGAGGAGGAUGAGGAUGAAGAAGAUGAGCUAGGGCUAAUGGAUGAUGAUGCAGAUGUAGAAGAAAGGAAUGAGAUGGAAAAUGCAAGGUACGAGGACUUUUUUGGUGGUAAAAAAACUGACAAGAGGAAACAGUCUAAAACUUUUGGUGGAUCGGAUGACAUGGAAGCCUAUCCCAAUGGCCAUAAUAGCAAUCAGAAGCAAGACCUUUCUACACAUGAAAAGGAACUAGAAAUACUCCGCACCGAGAUAGAGGAAAUGGAGAAAGCCAAUUUGGAGCCGAAGGCAUGGACUAUGCAGGGCGAGGUCACUGCUGCAAAACGGCCGAAAAAUAGUGCUUUGGAAGUUGAUCUAGACUUUGAGCACAAUGUGAGGCCUGCUCCGGUAAUCACAGAGGAGGUCACAGCAUCACUUGAAGAGUUAAUUCAAAAACGUAUUAUUGAGGGUCAAUUUGACGAUGUUGAGAAGAAACCUACAUUAUUGACCAAGGCUCCAACAGAGAGAAAGGAAUUGGAUGAAAAUAAGAGCAAGAAGGGCCUCGCUGAAAUUUAUGAGGAUGAGUAUGCUCAGAAGACUGGUCUCGUCUCAACAGCAUUGUCUUUCUCCGAUGAACAAAAGAAAGAAGCAACUUUGCUGUUCAAGAAACUGUGUGUAAAGCUGGAUGCCCUAUCUCAUUUCCACUUUGCUCCGAAACCGAUUAUUGAGGAUAUGUCUAUACAAGCAAAUCUCCCAGCCCUAGCAAUGGAAGAGGUUGCGCCACUGGCUGUAUCUGAUGCAGCUAUGCUUGCUCCUGAGGAAGUGUUCUCUGGUAAAGGUGACAUUAAAGACGAAACGGAACUAACAAAGGAGGAUAGGAAAAGGAGAAGAGCAAACAAGAAAAGGAAAUUCAAAGCGGCAUCUGCCAAAACGAUUAUUGUUAAGCCGCAGCAAAGCACUUCAACAAGGCAUGCCAAUGGAAUUGAGAACUCAUGAGUGACAUGUACAACAGUCCCAUGAACGAGAUCAAGCUCGCCCCCUCAACAGAUGAUGGAAAGCUCUGAGAGUCGCACGAAAAAAUUGCGCUUUGCCCCGACUCCUCAGCUCGCCGGACAUCAAAAUUUUGAUGCACACUAGGUUGUUGCUAUUACAGCUUCUCUUCUUCCUCUUUUUUUUUUUUUUUUUUUUUUUUUUUUUUUUUUUCUGAAUUAAUUUAAGAACAAUUGUGGUUUUAGUCAUUAUUUAAGGCGAUGGCUGUAUAUUACAACAUAUCAAUACAUGUAACAAGGGCCAUUGGUUUUCAAAUUUAUUUCACAAGAAUUAU